AUGGCAGAUAUUUCAAAUUUAAGAAAUGAUUUAAGUAUAAAUAAUGCAGAUUUAGAAUUAUCAAAAUCCAAAGAAUUUCAAUCAUUUUUAUCAAAAUCAAUAGAUGAAGUUGGUUUAGUUAGAAAAUUAGAAAGAAAACCAUUAGUUUGGUUAGAUGCUGAUGAUAAUAUUUUAAGUGCUUUUGAUGAAUUAUCAGCACAAGAAUUAUUAUCAGCACCUGUUUUUUGUCAAAUUUCAAAACAAUGGGUAACAAUUUUGGAUAUUAAAGAUUUAGUAAAGUUUGUAGUUAGUUUGUUUGACAAAGAUAAUAAUUUAGUUGAAAAUAUUGGUUUUGAACAAAUUUCAAUUAGAACUUUAUUAACAAAUAAAAAUGGUGUUUUUAAAAGACAAUGCCCAAUGAUUGGAAAAAAUGACUCUAUUUUCAAUUUAUUAGAUUUGUUUUAUAAAAAGUUUCACAGAGUUUGCAUUGCAAUGUCAGAUAACCAAAUGGACAUUAAGGUUUUUUCACAAUUAUCUUUAAUUAAAUGGAUGGUUAAAAAUUUAAAAUCAUUAGGUUUAUUUAAAAAAGAUAAACCACUAAUUCAAAUUGAUCAUAAAAAAUUAGCAAUUGAUGCAUUUAGAUUAUUGGCAGAAAAUAAUAUUUAUGGAGUACCAGUUGUAAAUGAAAAUGGAGAAUUAUUAGAUAAUAUCUCUGUUAUUGAUAUAAAGUAUUGUAAAAUGGAUAAAGCAAAAUUACUUCAACCACUUUAUGAAUUCUUUUAUCCUUCAGUUGGUAAUGCAUAUCCUAUUCCUCUAAGAGACAUGAUUGUUUGCGCACCUCAAACUAAAUUGAGAGAAGCAAUGGGAAGAAUGGCCGCAACAAAAGUUCAUCGUAUCUUUUUAGUUAAAGAAGUGGUCGAAGCUGGUAUAACUCAAGUUCCUAUCAAUGUCAUAUCAGUUUCUGAUAUUGUUGGUGCAAUUGCAACUAUAGCUGGUAGUAGUGUAUUGAAAAGUUUGCAAGAUUAA